AUGAGCUCUACUGCAAAGACAUCAACCGACGCCAAGAUGGAUGUCGAUGACCAAAAAAAGAAACAAAUACCCGCACUCGGAGUGCUAGAAGAGGAUGACGAAUUUGAGGAGUUCCCUGCUCAAGGUAUGGCUAUUCCAUACAUGCUUUCCUCACUUGUCCGUAAAUCGCCUUUGCUUGCAGACUGGGAGGAUCGGGACACAGAUAUAGCGAAUCUUACUAAUACAUCGUCGGGGGGGCGAAAUCCUCCGCCGACAACUUGUGGGAGGAUAAUUGGGAUGACGACGACGUUGAGGACGAUUUUAGCAAGCAGCUUCGCGAGGAAGUGGCAAAGCAACAAGCUUCACGAUCCAGCGAACCACAGCCGAUGA